AUGAAUGCAAAAGCCAGCUCUGGACGUGAGAAAGAAGCCUCAGGAAUGAGGAGCGAGACCCUGGGGCGGACCAGCCACUCUGGAGAGGUCAAGAGGGGACAAGUGAUCCUGGUUGCCCACCUGAUUGCAACCCUAGAGCUGACCUUCCUCUUCAUGCAGAUGGGAGUCAUGCCCUACUUGGCAAAGAGCCUAGGUUUGGAUUCAGUGGGCUUUGGCUACCUCCAGACAACCUUUGGUGUCCUCCAGCUUGUGGGAGGUUCCAUUUUCGGGAGGUUUGCAGAUCAAUUUGGCAACCGAGCAGCCUUAAUUCUCUCCUGUGCAUCUGGAAGUGCCUUCUUCCUGCUCACGUCCAUCUCCACCAGCAUCCCCCUCCUCUUCCUCUCCAGGCUGCCAGCAGUGUUCAUGCAUGGAGUACCAGGUGCUCAGAAGGUUAUUACAGACCUGACUACUCCUUCCCAACGUGCUGAUGCUUUGGGGAAACUGGGUCUUUGCUUUGGAAUAGGCAUCAUCGUCGGCUUUGCCUUGGGAGGUGUCCUCUCUACCAAAUUCGG